GAGAAGAGAAGAGAAGAGAAGAGAAGAGAAGAGAAGAGAAGAGAAGAGAAGAGAAGAGAAGAGAAGAGAAGAGAAGAGAAAAGAAACUUGCCUAGUUGAGGAAAGAGACUCGUAAAUUCAAACAAACCACUAGGCAAGUGGGAAAGUCCCAGGACCGAGGGGUGGGGGCCGGAGGGAUAGGCGGGGCGGGGCGGGGGCCGGAGCCCAGCCCACGAUCCCAGGGGUAAGGGAAUGAGAGGUGGGGCUGGCCACUCCGGCCCCACCCCCUGGCCGGCCCCUACACAAACCCGGCAGGCGAGGGCGGGGUGUGGAGAAAGAGCGGCGGGAGCUUCGGGACUUAACUGCGCGCUGAGCCCAGCCCAGCCGCCUGUCCGGCUUGUCCAGCUGUCCAGCCGAGCAAUGGCCCGACGCGGACUGCUCUGGUUGCCGCUGGUGCUGUACGUGGCCUCGGUGAGGGCCAACAACAAGGUGUUCGGUGAUACGGACCAGGUUCGGAUGACGUCGGAGGGCUCUGACUGCCGCUGCAAGUGCAUCCUGAGACCCCUGAGCAAAGACGCCUGCAGCCGCGUCCGCAGUGGGAGCAUGAGAGUGGAGGACUUCUACACGGUGGAAACUGUGAGUUCUGGGGCCGACUGCCGCUGCUCCUGCACGGCACCCCCUUCCUCUCUCAACCCCUGCGAGAAUGAGUGGAAGAUGGAAAAGAUCAAGAAACAAGCCCCAGAGCUCUUCAAGCUCCAGUCCAUGGUCGACCUCCUGGAAGGGACACUGUACAGCAUGGACCUGAUGAAAGUCCACGCCUACAUCAACAAAGUAGCCUCUCAGAUGAACACGCUGGAAGAGACCAUUAAGACGAACUUGAGCCGGGAGAAUGAUUUCAUGAAAGAAAGCGUGGCUCACCUGACCCACCAGAUGAAGCGCUAUGAGAACUACUCGGACAUCAUGAUGAGUAUUAAGAAGGAGAUUUCCAGCCUGGGCUACCAGCUGCUGCAGAAGGAUGCGGCUGCUGGCCCCGAGAGCAAAGCCCAGGAGACAGCUGGUGGAAAAGGCAAGGAAGUCAGCAAAUAUUCUGGAGUCAAGAAAAACUUUGUGGACAAGUCUGUCCCAAGGCCUCCCAAAGACAAGCUUCUGAAAGUAGAGAAGGUGAGGAAAGACUCGGUGAAGGGCAGAGCCCUGCAAGCCACAGCGAGGCCCCGGGCCCUCCCACACCAACAAGCAGUGAUCCGGGGCAUCACCUACUACAAAUCCACAAGGCAGGAAGAGGUGGAGGAUGCAGCUGAAAACACCCUCAAGGGGGUAACAGAGCUAUCGCAGCAGGAAACCAAACUAGAAGGAAGACAGCUGGAGCGCAACUUGGAUGAACAGGAGGAAGUGAGAGCUACAGAUGAAGCAGACCCCACCCCUGGUCCUCCUACCAGCACCACCCUUCUUUCCACCACCAUGGCUCCCAGUACCACCACCACUACCACCACCACUCCAACCACCACCACCACCAGCAGCCCUCCAGUCACCAUACUGUCCAUUGGCUACAAUGCUGCAAGCCCCAAUGGGUCAGAAAGUCCUAAUCAAGUCAAAGAAGCGGGGUGUGAAGGCACCAUCAAGUCUGUUGAUCCCCCUGUGAAGCAGCACAGCUAUGGGCGGAAUGAGGGGGCGUGGAUGAAGGACCCCACAGCCCGGGAUGACAAGAUCUACGUCACCAACUACUACUAUGGGAACAGUCUGGUGGAGUUCCGGAACCUGUACAACUUCCAACAAGGCCGUUGGAGCAACAUGUACAAACUGCCAUACAACUGGAUCGGGACGGGCCACGUGGUGUUCCAGGGCGCCUUCUACUACAACCGCGCCUUCACCAAAAACAUCAUCAAGUACGACCUGCGGCAGCGCUACGUGGCGGCCUGGACCCUGCUGCCGGACGUGGUCUACGAGGACACCACCCCCUGGAAGUGGCGCGGCCAUUCCGACAUCGACUUCGCGGUGGACGAGAGCGGCCUGUGGGUCAUUUACCCGGCGGUGGACGAGGGCGGCUUCUCCCAGCAGGAGGUGAUUGUGCUCAGCCGGCUGGACCCCGGGGACCUGUCCGUGAGGCGGGAGACCACGUGGAAGACGCGGCUGCGGCGCAACUCCUACGGGAACUGCUUCCUGGUCUGCGGGAUCCUGUACGCCGUGGACGUGUACAACCAGAGCGAGGGCCAGAUCUCCUACGCCUUCGACACUCACACCAGCACCGACGCCGCCCCGCGGCUGCCCUUCCUCAACGAGCACGCCUUCACCACGCAGAUCGACUACAACCCCAAGGAGAAGGUCCUCUACGCCUGGGACAACGGCCACCAGGUCACCUACGCGCUCCAUUUUGUGGUCUGAGGGAAGAGGGGGUGCUCCCACCAGCACUUUUGGGGCCCCCAAGGCUCAGAGCAGGGGGCCGCAGGGAACCGGUGCCCCCUUCUGAGAUGGCUCCGGAGAGCCCCUUCCCCCAGAGCAGGGGGCGUGGGGACGCUUCUGGGGCUGCCCGGAGCGGGGUCCCGCAGGGGAGAGGAGAAACCGAGCGCAGAGGGGGGGCAGCUUCCUAGGAGCCGGCCUUCGCCUGUCCCUGCAAGCUUUCUAGAGCUACACCCCCAUCCUCCCGCCCUCUUUCCCCCUUCUUCUGUCUCCUCAUUCUUGAAAUAAAAGUCCGUUGCUUUUGUGUUCCCGGGGGACCCCCUGCAGCCAGAACCAGGAGACAGGUCACUGGAGCACAGAGAAUGAGAGAAUUCUAGAACCUCUAGCUUUGAGAGGGCCCUUCGAGGUCAUGUGGUCCCAAGUGACCCUUUCCCGAGGGCUGAACUAUUUUGCCCUCUUUAACAGAAAUCAGGGGUCACCAUCAUUUCCUACCUGAGUAAGUGCAUAUGACAGUAUACUAUAGAUUAUACAUAUAUAUAUAAAACACUUCCAAGACCAGGGAUGCUCUUGGCAUGGCUACUUUUUCUUGUCUAACUGGCUCCAGGCCCUCGCUCCAAAGUGAGCGGUUUAAUGAAUUUCCGGGGCCAAAAAAUUCAUUUCCUGGUGGCCGUCCCUCUGGGAAGGAGCCCCUCUGUGCCCCCCGGCAGCGAGGCUGGCUAGUCCAGUGCCAGAUGCCCUCCGUCACUGGGCUCUCCUACCAGAACUGGCUUCCUAGGCAUGGCCGAGGAGAACCGGGACCCCUCUACAUCAUAAGGAUGUAUCAGGGAGAGAAACAGCCGUGAGUUACAAUGAUAGGAAGGUGUAUUUGUGUGUGUGUCCGUGUGUGCACAUAUAUACGUAUGUGUACACAUGGACAUCUAUUCAUAUGUGCACAUGUGUGUACCUAUGGCAAAACAGAGGUAAGAGAAAGCCUUCUUGGUUUGUCUUUGUCUCCCUAUUUGUCUACCCAAGAAGCAGUCAUUUCCCUGGGUUUAAUUUAAUUUAAUUUCAUUCAGUGCCCUGUAGCCCAAUGGAAAGAGCACUAAUUAUGAAUUUUUUUUUAAAGUCUAAAUCUAAAUGAAAGACUUUGGGCAAAUCAGGCCCCUCUCUCUGGGCUUCCACUUCCUCCUCUAUUAAACAAAGGAACUGAACUAGAUCCCAGCUUCUUAACCUGGAUCACAACCCCACAUGGGGGUCUGAUAACAAUGUGGGGGUCAUGAAAUUAUGAUUUGUUUUCAGUAAAUGUUUGAUUUGUAAUACCUGUUUUAUAUACCUGGGGUCAUGUAAAAAUUUCUUGGGGCAAAAGUUUAAGAAGUCCUGAUAAUUAACCUCUAAGUUUUUUCCUGGCUCUAAAUUUUAUGAUUUGUUGAACAAAGAAGAGAGGUUUGGACUAGGGUGCAAGGGGAACCUGUUUGUGCUUCCACUGGGAGUCCUGGAUUCAAGUUCUGACUUUGAGAUUGACUACCAGUGUGGACUUGGAUCAGUACCCAUUCAGCUCAGCCACUUUCAGUUUCCUUCUUUGUGAAAGUGAGGGAAUCAGAAACCCUUCCAACUUUAAAUCCUGUGCUCUUAUGGAUUUAUUUCAUUUCAACAAAUAUGAAGCGUCUUCUGUAUGCAGAGAGAACCCUGGUUAAGGGAGCAUUGUUUUCCUGUCCUUGGUAAGCCUGGGCUAUGUUUCAGCCUCAGGCCGCCCCAUGUACUUUCAGGUCCUUGGCUCCCGGUCUCCUGGGAUGCUGUUGCACACUGUCCGACACACAUUCCAUCCUUCCACAGUCACCCACGAGCCGGCCUGAAAUCAAAUACCAAGAAAACACGAGAACUUGUUCCAACGUCCUCUCCCUUUCUUCUACAAUGAUUUUUCUUUUGUAAUUCAUAAAUGUUGUCAUCUAUUUCUGCAGUUGGGGCCCAAGAAUGCUGUAAGUGCCUGUGUGCCAGGAAAUGUCGGGAGGGGAGCUGUUUUCAUCAGCUUGUUCCCCUCCUUUCGCUCCCCCUAGUUCUGGCCCAGCCCGAGGCUCCCUCCCACUGCAGAAAUGCUUGCUUUGGCCAGUUGCCUGAUAGCUUUGCCCCCCACCCCACACACCUCUCAAUAUCAUACAGCAGGUGGUCCUGGCAUCUUUCGCCAUGUCCCCAAACUGAGGUUCCCAGAGUGCACCUGCUAAAGGCAGAUCUUCUCUCAUUUCUCUAGGCCCCAGUUUCCUCAAACAGGGGAUUUGGACUUCAGGGUCUCCAAAAGCCCUUCUAGUUCUAAAUCCCAUCACAGUGGGCAUUUCAAACAUACUUCCUAUGUACUCAGGGAAACUUUCAUCACUUGUCCCAAACCAUACUGCGAACCACUAUUCGCCGGGCCGUGGAAUUUGGUCUGAAUAUAUGCUUGCCCUUCCCCCAAUACAGGCUACACACUUAAAAUUAGACAUUCUUGGAAGAAGAUGGAGCAGUGAGCCAUGGGUGAAAGCUACAGAAAUAGCCCCACUAGAGAGCUCCAAGUAAAGCUUGGGUGGCCAGUUGUCAGGGAUACAGGACGAGGGAUUCCUACUUGGACCCGAUGAUGGGCAAGGACCCUUCCAGCUCUGAAAUCCUAUAAUCUGAUGGAGAUGCUUGGGGCAGCAUUGGAUUCGUUUCCUGGAUCUGCUCUUUCUAUCUGUGAGAUCUUGGGCAAACAUUUAACCUCUUUAGGUCUUAUGUUCUUCUUUUGUCAAAUGAGGGGGCUAUCUUUGGUCCUUCCAGUGUUAGAUUCUGUGAUUCCUAGAAAAACAACCUAAGUCUUAGGCUGAACUGAGUUGUUUCAAAGGAGAGGGUGGGAAUAGUAUGGCCUGUACUCAGUAUUAGCAUGCAAGGAGCAACUUCUUCCAUCCUUCCCUUUGAACCCCCACCACAGUUCUGCUGGAUUCAGUCCGAACCAUCAGCACUGGGACAUCCUAUGUGAUUUUUCUUUCAAUGUCUGGGGUCCCAGAUAGCAGGAAUCCUGAACUCCUCUUGCUUGGGAGGAGCUCUGGAUCUGGCUUGUGACUGGGAAAGGCUUUGAAAGACAGAGGAGACUGCUAGUGACCAGAGACAGCUAAGGGUUGUGAGAAAGAAAAAAUGGAGGAAUGUGGGGAAGAGGAGAACAGGCUUUGCUAAAAGAAUACCAGCCCUGAAGGCUCUCUUCAAAGGGAGAAGCUUCAGUGGGAAAACAGGUCUGAAUGAAGCCAUGGGGUGGGGAGUGGAAAGAGUCUUGGAUUGGAAAUGUAGGAACCUGCAUUUGUGUUGAGGCUGCUACUAACUCACCGUGCAGCCUUGAACAAACCACUAACUUCCUCCUAAUUUUUGUCCCCUUUAAAUGGAGGAUUAGAUCAUCUUUGAAGUCGUUUUCAUUUAUAACACUUUAUGGUUUAUGAUCUAGUGUUCCGUGUUCCAAUAAUCUAUCUGCUAAAGCUCCUUCUGAAUUCUAUGUUCUAUGUUCUAGGAGUUCUGCAUGCUGAUGUGAAAUCUUAUAUAUCCCCUUCUCGGCACUCACACAACUACCACUCUUGUUCAAGCCCUAAUCAUCUCUUGCCUGGAGAAAUGCAAUAUUUUAUUAUUCUUUCUUGUUUUAACUCUCUCUUCAAUGCAGUCCAUCCUCUACCCAGCCACCAAAGUGAUUUUCCUAAAGCUCAAAUACAGCCUUGUCAUUCUUUCUCCUUCCAUGAUCUCCCCUGCCCCAUAUACAGUAAACUCCAAGGACCUCUCUAGGAAGAAAUAUAAAUCUCACAAGUUGGAUUUAAGCAGUGAGACGCUGCAGUGGAUAAGAGUCCUGGGCCUAGAAUCAGGAAGAUCGGAGUUCAGAUCUGGCCCCAGACACUUACUGGCUGGGUGAGUCUGGGCAAGUCACUUUACCCUCAUCUGUACAAUUAGUUGGAGAGGGAAAAGGCAAACUAGUCUAGGACCUUUGCCAGGGAAAUGAAGAGUCAGAGGUGACUCGACGACAUUUGCACUGACAGCUGUUCAUGCCCUGGCCCCUUCCUCCCUUUGCAGGCUUCUUACGCUCACCUCCACAACUGGACAGUGCAUGCAUGCUGGCUUACUUGCUGUCCCUUGCCACAGCCCUCCCUCUCUGUGGCUCUCCUCUCUGAGGAAUGCUCUCUCACCACCGCCAUCUUCCACCAAGGCUCCUCUCAAAUUGGAGGUUCUGCCAGAGGCCCUUUCUGGUCUCCUCAGCUGCUAGUGCCUUCCCCCCUGAGAUUACCUCCCAGCCACCUGUGUGUACCUUGUACCUGUCUGGUGGUCCAUGUUGCCGCCUCCCUUUAGAAUGUAUGUUCCUUGAGGGCAGGGACCUGGUUUUCCAGGCAUGUAGGAAGAGCUUAAUAAUAUAAUAAUAGUCAAGAGCUUCGUGACUGACCGACCUGCUACAAUUCUGUGUUCUAGGUCUCAUCCACCUUUGACAUUCUAUAAAAUUUCAGAGGUCAUCCCAGCUCUCAUAUUGUUGGUUCUAAAGGCCCCUUACAUUUCUCAGGGGUUAGGGCCCUUGCCACCAGUUGGCCAGAAUGGUAAAGCAUGAUUUCUGCCCUAACCUGACUGCAAUCUCAGUGCUUAUUGUGAAGGAGGCUGUCCACUCUCUUAGCCUGCUUCUCUGAAAGGCAAAAGUAUUGCAUUCCAUUUCCUUUACCGCAGGGUUUUCUUUCAGGAAUCUCUUUAUGGCCCUUUCUUCUUUGUGGUACCUCCUUUCUCUCAAUCCUUCAGGAGAUUCAUUUUAAAAUGUGUUUGAAGAUGGAUCCGCUUUUCCCCAAGCUAUAGGUGCAUUUCCUUGUGAGCAUAGAGGGGGUGGUUGAGAAUAUAGCCAGAUAUCACAGAACUUGGGAUUAGGAAAGAGUUGUGUUUAUACAUAAUAAUAAUUUUUAAAAACCUUUAAAGGUAGAAGGAACCAAAAGUGACUAUUUUGGGGGUUGGAGGACCUAAAUUCAAAUCCUGAUUUUUCUAUGCUGCCAAUGUGACCUGAGACAAUGCACUUAAUUUCUCUUGAUGUCAGUUUCUCUUUAUAAAAUGAGAAGAUUGGUCAAUUGAUCUCUCAGGUCCCUUCUAGUUCUAACAUUUCGUGAUAAAAAUCCCAUUUCUAUAGCGCUGUAAAGUUAAUAAGUUAUUUUCUUAACAACAACCAUGUGAGUUAAGCAGGGCUGGGGCUGUUGCCCUAUUUUCCCACGGCAGUAUCAAAAAGUCCCUUCCAGCUCCCAAAACCUACAAAGUUUGCUCCAAACCCCACUGCAAGGAGCUGUCCCAGUGCCAUUGUACAUUUAGUCUGCAGGGCCCAUCUAGAACAAUCAUUUAUUGUUAUUUAUGGACACGGAGACAACCUGUGGAGCCCUAUCUUCCAACUCAGGACUGUUCUGAGGGUCUCUAAGAAGAGAGGAAGAAAUGGGCUCCCCUCCCUCAUGUGUCAGUACUAAGAGUUUCCAUAACUGGCUCCUUCAGUCUUUCAAGUCCAAGAGUGGUCAAACCAAAUCCAGCAGGCCAUGUUUGCCCUACUGUCUGUUUUUCUUCUUCUGUGAGCUAAGGAUGGUUUGGACAUUUUAAAAAUUAUGUAUUAUCAUAUUUAAAAAAUGUAAGAAUGAGCUUUACAAAAACAGGCAGACACAACCAUAGUUUGCCAAAGUCAGCUCCAGUCCAAGUUCUCCUGUACCCCUUGCAAAAGCCAAACUAGCAAGUAUCACCUUGUGAAGCAUUGUACCCAAAUGUGCAUCCUGUAGAAUCUGCCUGUAUCAGCCAUGCAUCCACAUUGGUUGGCAACUUUUUUUUUUAAACAUGUAACAAGCCUUUGAAAUAAAAGAAAAAUAUGAUCCCUAA